AUGGCGAGCCAGGGACAGCAACCGCAACAGCACCAACGGGUCUCAGAAUCCAGCCACCAGCUCAGUUUUAGGGCGAAACUGCGGGGGGUGGAGGAAAGCAUCUUCGAUCUCGUCUGUGCCGGGACUAACAGAAGGAAGUGGUCUGAGUGGCUGCGAACUCCGCUGGAACACGCCGCCGGUGCGGGCAACCUUGAUCUCGUGACGAAGCUCCAGGGAGCCGGGGCGGGCGGGAGUGCUCUCCAUCUGGCGCUUAAAGCAGGCCAGGAUGCACUCGCACGGGGGUUGCUGGAGAUGGGAGCUCCCUCGAAGGAGAAAGAUGACAGUGGUGAUACCCCUCUCCACCUUGCUGCCGCCAACGGCCUUGGCAAUGUCGUGUCCUUGCUGCUUCGUAACGGGGCUGAGGUGGAUGUGCUAGACAGCAAGGGCCGAACGCCAAUUCAUCUCUCAGCACAGCGUGGAUCUCUGCCCGCCGUUCAAGCUCUGCUGGACGCCGGUGGAGACUCGAGCUUUCGGUACGGGAAGGACAAGGCGUUUUCGGCGCUGAGCCUGGCUGCUAGACGUGGGCAUGUUGAGGUCAUGCAAGCGUUGAUUCGGCACGGAGUGGACGUCAAUGCCCCUGACUCGAACGGCUGCACGGCCUUGCACUCGGCUGCGAUGGGGGAUACAGUGGGUGCAAUCAACGCGCUCAUCGAGGCUGGGGCGAAGAUCAACGCCCAGGGUGGCACGUAUGGCAAAAGGUACACACCUCUGCACAUGGCCAGCGAGCGAGGUUCGUCCAAAGCCGCACUAUCCCUGGUGAAGCACGGAGCGGACGUGCAUAGGUCAGGGAAGGUGUGUAGCUUUGGGCGGGAUUGCUCGAACGCUCUUAACCUUGCAGCCCGUAACGGCCACACCGCUAUCGUGAAAACGCUUCUCGCAGCCGGUGCCAACGCCAAUCUUCGCCCAGCAUACUCACACCAUUCAGCGUUGGACUCGGCUUUUAAGGGAGGGCACGCUGAGGUUGUGACGACCUUGAUCCAGCACGGAGCGAUUGUCGACGCUACAGACCCAUGGGGAUGUUCGCCGCUACACAAGGUCAGCGGCGAAUCUAACGUAGCUGUGAUCGAUCAGCUUGUGGCAGCCGGGGCUUCGGUCAAUGGCAUAGCGGACCGGUUCGGUAGGACACCCCUCCAUUGCGCCUGUACGGGCGAUUGCCCUGAAGCCGUCGUGUCGAUGCUGCGGCAUGGGGCUCGUGUCGACGUGAAGGAUGAUGCCGGUGAUACGCCUCUCCAUGCGGCAUCCGCUGCUGGACGCUCCGAAUGGAUUCGCGCACUUAUAGACUACGGGGCUGACAUCGAUUCACUCAACGCGAAAGGCCGCACGCCGCUCGCGUUGACCGCCGAGGGCGGCUGCGUAGGCGCUGCGACAGUCCUGCUGGACGCUGGGGCAGACGUCAACGCUCCCGCCGACUACGCCAAUGGAUCGGCGGCUCUAUCCUUGGCCACCUUGAGCGAUGACGGCGUGGACGCCACCAUGAAAGUCUUGAUUCAGCACGGAGCUGACGUGAACGCGAGGGACACUGAUGGAUUUUCCGCUUUACACCAUGCCGCUUUUCACAACGAGGUUGGCGGUAUCGAUGUUCUCAUCUCUGCCGGGGCCAUUUUCGAGGUACUGGACAACCGCAAGAGAACGCCUCUAGCCGUCGCGUUUCGGUCGGCCCAUGCUCGUUGGGAGGAGGAGGACAACUGUGGUUCUGAGGAGUUUGCAGCCAUGGUCGCCUUGUUGAAGCACGGCGCCGACCCCAACACCCGGAACAUACAAGACGGUUCUACAAAUUCUUUGCUCUACUACUUGGUAGGUUGCGGAUGCCCGAGUUCUGUACUCCGGGAGCAGCUUGCUGCUGGUCCGAACCUGGACGUCCGUGACGACGACUUCGGAUUCACUCCACUGGUGGUCUCUCUAGCCCACCCCGAGUUGUUCUCCGAACUACUGCUGCACGGGGCGGACGUGGAUGUUCAAGCCGGCAACGGUCAGACCGCGUUACACCGGGCGGUGGAAAUUGACAACGGUUUCUGUAUCGAGGCCCUCAUCAGCGCCGGGGCCUCAAUCAAUGUUAAGGACAAGCAGGGCCACACGCCUCUUCAUAAUGCCGCUGCGAGCGGUCGUCGGAACGCCAUGCGGAUGUUGCUAAGGAGCGGUGCGGACAUUGCGUCGGUGGACAACGACGGCUCCUCGGCGUUGCAUCUGGCGGCGAAAUACGACUAUUACAGUUCGGGUGAUUCCGUGAUGGCCACAACCAUGGACCUGCUGCUACGAUGGGGUGCUGACGAGAGUGCGGUCGACUCAACCGGUAUCACCCCCGCAAUCGUGUGGAGAGACAAUGAAUCCAUGGACAAUCUUUCAUGGGAGAAAUGGCAGUCUGUGCGGAAGAUGUUCGAAUGGGCACCAAGCGACAAAGCAUGGCGUCGACGGGGCUGGCUAGUUCUGUGCCGUGCGUUCCCGCACAGGGUGCGGUUGAAAGCGGACAACGUUGGAGCUUGUCCCGGGGCCGGCCGAAGUGUUCGAGCACGGAGCGUUGGUGCUGGGGCGGGGUCUCACAGCAGCAGCGAGCCUCGUGUUGGAGAAGCUGGGGGAGGGUCGGUAGGCCCCCUACCUUGCGAGAAAGUCGGUGUUGCUGGUGGCUUGAGUGCGUUGGUGGCCAAGGUGGUGGGUUUGCACGAGGAUGGCGUGUUCAGGACUAUCAUGGAGUUCGUGUGGUGAAUGUGGCACCCGGCAUAAACGGAAGCUUGGUCACAACGCGCGCGUGCAUGAAGAGC